AGCAGAAGCGGCCCAGAAUUAUGUAACAACCGCACUGGCAGUGGCCCGCAAAUUUGCAAGUCAAGAGUCACUGGAGAUGUCACUCUGCGCGGAUGGACAACUCGGCGGACAGCUGAGCAAAGCGACCGCCGUCGCCUGGACUUCUUGGUUCAUCGUUUCCAGCGUCCGUUCGCCCGUUUGGUUGUUGAACUUAAUCCCAGCAUGAUGGUGCAACAUUCGGCGAGGGUCCGUUGUCCUGGCAAGGUUGUUAUGGACGCACAUCGUCACUUGUUUGUUUGUUGUGGCAAACACAGCAGAACUCAACCGGAUUAAACAGUAAGCAAGCAAAAGCGCUAGCACAUCAACAUCUGCCCUCCGAGAACCGAAAACCACAGAAGAUGAUCUCACGACGCGACAAAUUGCUGCAGCAGCCGUGGGAGCAACUGCGGUACGCCCAGCACCGCGAGAAGGUCAUGUCCGCCCGCCCAGCCAUCGACACCCACUCGCCGCGCGCCCACGAGCACGUGCAGCGCAAGUGGAAGAAGCAGCAAGUGGAGCGGGAGCGCCAGCAGCAGAUCGAGCGGGAGAACCUGAGACUCCUCCAGAAACUGGGCGACAUCAUGCGCACCAAGCGCAUCAACAAUCUCUGGCUGGAGCCGCGGCCCAAUUUUCUUAACCGCGAGAAGCUCUUUGCUACCCGCCCGUACUCCAGCCUUCCGGAAGUGGUCACCAUUUACGGAAAACAACCGCCGGGACCACUUAUCUAUGGCAUGCUGCCCAAACCGGCGGUUGUGGGUCGGUGUCCCACCUGCAGCGGUAAUCCGGAACGCACCGAGGUGGCCAUACCCGAGCAGCGAACUCCUUGGGCGCCCGAGAGAAAGUCCUGGAACCGGAAGACCCAGGAGCAAGUAAAGCCGCAUCGAUGCUACCACUGCGGAUCUGUAAAGACCAGCGAACGCAAGUACUUUGAGGAAUUCUCCUACUCUUACUCCUACGACGAAUGAUGUAGCUCGUGGU